UGAAAUAAGUUUUGAUAUAAAUAUAAUAGACGAAUGAUGAAAAAAAUAGAUGAUUAAUUGAUGUACCCCACACUACAGUUUUGAUAGUGACAUUAUUUGAGUAUAAAAGUGAUAAAAGCACUUGUAAACUAAGGGAAUUUAUUGUAGAAGGAAAGUGGUGGAAAAUUUGAUAUGAAUUAGCCAUCAUUAUCAAUUAAAUCAAUCAAAGGAUUUGUUUGUCGCAAAACCGAGCAAUAUAAAUUAAGUUACAUUUAGAUUACUUUUGAAUUAUUGAAGAAAGACGAGAUUAAAAAAAAUAAGAAGAGAAAAAAAACAAAUCAAGACAAUACCACUAAUUACCUUCAAAUUAUUAAGUGAUAGAAAUAUUCAAAAAAUUUUUCUUUUUUUAUUUUACUGAUUGACAUAAGCGAAAGAUUUAAAAAAGAAAAAAACUCAACAGGAAGAGAAAUAAAAUGAGUUGCUUUUCCUUUUGAUACUUCGUCAGUUAUUUUUUGUGUCAUUUUAUAUUCGAAUCGCAUGCAACUAGUUGACACAUAAAAUAUUGAAGCUCUACUACAACCCCAGAAGAAUAAUAAAUAAUAUGGAAAAGCUCUCUGCGCUUCGCAUACAUUGACUUUUUUUGCGUGUCAUAACUUUCUCUGUCUCUUUUCGUUUUGUCUCAACAACUAAAACAGCGUUUUUGUCCAACUAAGUUUUUAAUAUCAUUUGGGUCUAGGCUGUGUUAGCGACACUCAUAUUUAACAAAUCGAUACUCACGUUUAGAGGGAAAGGAUAAUAAGCUUUGACAUUACCUCCGUAGUGUUUUGACAUUUCUUUCUCCACCAUUGUAAUUAGCGAGGGGAAACGAAGCUUCAUAACAUCAUAUGCUUUAAGCAAACUUUUACUUUCCAUUUGUCAACUUUGACUGAUUUUUUGAUAUAAUUGAGCUACAAAAUUUCAAAAUUGUCACAGAAGAUAAAAUAAUAAAAAAUAAAUAAAAAAGCUUAAAUAGCAAUUUAUGAAAUCAAAGACAAAAAAAUAAAAAUAAAAAAUAAAUCUCAAUGUUGCGCAUAGUAAAAUUAUUUUUAUGAUUACAAAAAAGAAAAAAGAUGAAAAGAAAUUGAAUCGUAGACUUUUUUAUAUUUGUUAUGAAAUGAUGAAAAAAGAGAUAAAAAUUAUGUUUGAAGUAGUCGAGUAAGAAUAUAUGAAUGUAAAAUUCUUAUUGUUGCUUCAGCCUCUAGACUUUUUACCCAAAAAAAUAAAGAAAAGAAAAGAAGAAGAAAAUUUAUCAGAACAAACGACUUAACUUUUUUUUUUCAUUUCCAUUACGAGAAAGCAAAUUAACAUUUGCAAAAGGAAAAAAAAAAUAAAACUAUUUAACGGCCCUACUAGUGAACAUAGAAAUAAUUAUAACAAGUAGAAACAUAAACAUUUUUCCGAAACGAAUUUAAAUGAGAAUAAUUAAUAUUUGUUUGAAGUUAGAAAAAGUAAAAUAAGCGAAGAAAAGUUGUAAGCAUUCUUCUUCACUCUCGUCACCUCCUUCCUGCUCUUCCUUCUUUGCACUUUUUUCCUUCCACCUUUUGAGAACCGAAAAGAAGAAAAAAAUAAUACAUAAAAAGGAAAACUAUGAUAAGCUUGGUGAGCAGAAUAAAAAACGACGUAGCAAGGACACACCUUGGAUAAAAGAUUUUUUAAGUUUCGACGUGGUCAAAUAUAAAAAAUAGAAAAAAGAAGAAAAGUAAAAGGAAACGGAAAUUGCCAUAAUCGUCACAUCGCAUGUGUGUGCUGAGCCAAUUUAUCGUCAUAUAAUCAUUGACAGCGUUCAAAACAGCACACAAAUAUGUAUGCAGCAGCUGGGGGGGCGUCAUGUCGUAAUGCACGAAAGCGACAAGCACAACAACACAUCAAGGACAAAGCCGCACAAGCGAAAGCUUUGAAAGAGAAAUUAGAUGCAGCAAAAGCAGCUGAACUUGCUGCUCCAACAAAAAGUAAACAAUUUCAUCAAUUGCCGGCAUCGUAUUUGCGUGCACCUCACGCAAGUAAUCGAAAGUUAAGUGCUGGUUAUACGGGUCAUAGCAGCAAACUUCUUCUACCAAUUUCUGAACAAUCAGCACAACAUCAUUCGCCAUCACAACAAACACUUCUUCAUCAUUCGCGUCAUCAUUUCCAUUAUACAAAUGAACCGCGAACACCAACUUUGAGACUGGAUGUUGAUCACCAUCAAAAGCUAACAAAGUCAGCAACAGCUUCAUUUCCAUUGGUAUCACAAGCUGGUACACCGCCAGCAUCUCCGUCCAUUUGCUUUCGACAGCAACAGCAUUUCUUCAAGGAAAGUCAAAACAAUUUAUUAUCCGCCCAACAUCCGAUUCACAUUCAGAUACCAGUGAUAAACGAUGGUAUUAUUAUAACACCAGCAACACCACUUCCAUCACCAUCGCCAUCACAAAAGCAACAAAUUGAAAACGAAAAGUUAGGAACUGAAGUUGUUGAACGCAUCGCACCAAAAUUUGACGAUUUGCCAGAAUUUCCACUCGAACGUGCAUGUUCUGUAUAUCGGAAUCGAAAGCUUGAAGCGAGUGAAACGAAAAUUAAGAAUAAUGUUGAGAUUGAUGAUCAGCAACAUCAGCAACAAUUUUAUCCCGGCGGGAUGCCAAAUGGCAAUAGCGGUCUUCAGACUCACUGGGCUGAUGAGUUUUGUGAUUCUGAGAAUCAAGCUUUAGGUGUUUGCACAUGCGAUCACAUAGAGGCUGCUUUAAUGUUACGCAGUAAGCAGCGUAUCGCUCGCAAUAAACUUAGACGACAACGAUUGGGAAUCAGAGGUGAAUUACCGACAAGUGUUGCAACAAAGAACAUUCCGCCGUAUCCACGGUUUCCGCCUGAAUCAUGGUGUGCACAAGGACGUGCAGCAUGGCUUGAGCGCGGAAGACGAUGCAGUGUUCAAGAUCCAAAUACAGCUUCCUAUCAUCGACGAUGGGUAAAACGGAACAGAAUACAAGAUUCUUCAAUCGGUGGAUCAUCAGAUGAUGAAGACUUGUUGGGUGUCAUUAGAGGUCCUAGUACGUUUGCCAAUGCCUUCCUAUAUAUAGGUUUAGGAACAAUUUCCCUUGGUUCAAUAAUAUUUUUCGUUGGAACUGGUGAGAAAGGCUUUAAGACACAAGAAUUAAGGUUAAUUGGACCAGCAUUGGCAGGAAUCGGAGUAAUAUUCUGCAUUUUAAGAAUAUUUUUCUGUGUUUGUCCAUCGCAUUGUAUUAGCAAUCGUGAAAGGAAUAAGAAAGAUGCAAAAUCAGAUGCUGAUCAUCGAACUUCCUUAUUACACGAUACAAAACGUGUUUCGAUUGCUAGAGGGCCGUACAUCAAUAGUAAAAUUCCAAUGUCAUCAUCACAAUCAUCUCAAUUUCCGCCAAAAUCAAUAGUGAAAAAUAAAUCUUACGAAGGUGUCGAGACACUUCGUCAAAUUGCUUCUACAUCAUUGUUUUUAGAUAACGAGCAGAAAGUCAACGGCCAAACAAUUCCAACUAUCAAUGAACCUGAAGAGGAACCACCGAUCGAGUUGAAGAAAAUGGAAACAUUGAAAGUAGACACGCUCAAUAUCAUCGAUAUUAUUAGCACGGAUGAAGAAUCCGAUCACCUCGAACCACUUUUUAUGGAAACUUCACUGAUGGCUAUCGAGCCAUCUCCUUUAUCUCCCCCGCCAUUUUCACCACCUCCCGCUUUGCCUUUAACACCAAACACAAAUAUUGUUACGACGUCUUUCAACCGAGAAGUUGGAUUCUUAUCAUUGCCAUUAACAUCAACAACAACUGAUGAAGCUGGACCUAGCGAGAGGCGAAAGCAUCAUCAUCGACAUAAACAUCAUCAUAAACAUCGUCACUCAACAGCCGUAGGAAGAACAGCGCCGAUUGAUGAUCGAGGACAAUCAACUUCGUCUGGUCAUCAACCACCUGAAACCGAAAUAGUUUUGAGUCCAUCGAAACUUGGACAAUAG